AUGGCAAUUUUGACCACGGUAUAUUUAUCCUAUUAUCUGAAACCCCUGAUGAAAUUGGGCGGUUCGGAAAUCGGUUUCUGCAAAAGUGCAAUUGCUGUAGGAGAGAUAAUAUUUUUCCGGCUGCAGAUAAUGUGGUUGAUGUUUUUGUGUUGGCUGUUGCCGCAGGACAGCUGUGCGAUGCUGAAGGUCAGAAGACAAUUCAUCAGACCUUUGCGACUCCAGGAAAACUGCUACAGCCCAGGUGAUCUCAUUGUCGGUGGGAAUUUGCCUCUCUUCAGAGCUCUAGUCAGAAACUUAUCCUUUAAGCAGUAUUUCAGAGAAGGGGACUCCCCCCAUUUCAUGUAAGUUCUCGGAGAGGCAGAAAUUGUCGAUUAGCCCAGUAUUUUUUAAAAGUGCAAUAAUAACCUUUAUAUCCAGUUUUUAUUAAAUUUUCUGUGUUACAACUCAAAGCACUCCUUUUUACAUCCUUAAGAUAUCAAUGACUUCCCUUCUUCUCCUUCCAUGGUUCAUUUUACACAUUUCCCAAAAAGCAACAAUAUUCAGUAUUCCAUUACUGCAUCCAUCAAAACUUAUUCACACUGUUGAAUUUAUCUUAAUGCUGCCAGCGUUUUCAGCUGUGCACAAUUAUCCCCAAACAGAAAAGACUCUGGGUAUUUUUUGGGAGGGAAAGUACUUUGCAACUGAGAAGAAUUAGUCCCUUUUUCAGAGUUUCUAAGCACAAGUUCAGCCCUUUAUGAUACAGGAAAUCAUUUUUUUAAAAGUUAAACUCCUAUUACACACGAUACGAUACGAUAAUCUUUGUUGUCAUUGUCCCCUACAGAACAACGAAAUUGAAAAAAUCUACAUCAGACAUUCAAAAACCAACAAGCCUGCUAUCCCAGCCUGGUUAACCCUCUAAAAACUCUGAUACUCCAUAAUUAAAUACAAUAUACUCCCAUAGAGACUCCUUACACUGCGUUUAAAACCCAAAUCGCAUUUGGAUAGAAACUGUUUCUCAGCCGGCCAGUCCUGGUCUUUAGAACCCUGUAGCUUCUUCCAGAAGGCAGAAGCUGAAAGAGAUCAUUUCCGGGGUUCGUACUAUCCUGCGCUAUCUCUGCCGCUUUCUUAUGGCACCUGGAAGCAUAGAUUUGAUCCAAAGUGGGAAGAGUGCACCCAAUUAUUCUCUCCGCAGUCUUUACAACCCUGGAUAGCAUUGUUUUUUCCCUGGCUGUGCAGCUCCCAACCACACACACAGACCAUAAGUUAAUACACUCUCCACAGUACAAUGGUAAAAUGCCAUCAACAGGUCCUUUGAGAGAUUGCUUUUCCGGAGGAUUCUCAGAAAAUGUUACUACUCUCGUUGUAGCCCCAUGCCCAAGAACUACCAGUAUAUUCUGGCUUUGGGUUUUGCCAUCCAGGAACUCAACAGGGACUUGAUGCUUUUGCCCAACACCACUCUGGGCUUCCGCAUCUACCAGGAAAGCAGUUUUGCAAACAAGCCCACGGAAACCAGCCUUGCCCUCAUCUCCACGCGGAGAAAAAUGGUGCCAAACUACAACUGCGACAAGCAGGACAAGCUGCUGUCCGUCAUUGGCAGCCUCGACUCAAAGACGUCGAGACAGAUGGCGUCCAUCUUGAGUGCCUUCAAGAUCCCACAGGUAAGGAGAGAAAUCGACCAGGGUUCUGGGUUCCUUUGGCACAGGGAUGCAAAACCCACGCUCUGCAAAACAGGUCCAUGGUGUGUGGGCCACCUUUUCUACAGGAAAAAACCAAUGCUGUUCAGGGUUGUAAAGAUUGCAGAGAGAAUAAUUGGGUGGACUCUCCUUGGGUAAAGGUAAAGGGACCCCUGACCAUUGGGUCCAGUUGUGACCGACUCUGGGGUUGCGGCACUCAUCUUACUUUACUGGCCGAGGGAGCCGGCGUACAGCUUCCAGGUCAUGUGGCCAGCAUGACUAAGCCGCUUCUGGCGAACCAGAGCAGCGCACGGAAACGCCGUUUACCUUCCUGCUGGAGCGGUACCUAUUUAUCUACUUGCACUUUGAGGUGCUUUCAAACUGCUAGGUUGGCAGGAGCAGGGACCGAGCAACGGGAGCUCACCCCGUCGUGGGGAUUUAAACCUCCAACCUUCUGAUUGGCAAGCCCUAUGCUCAGUGGUUUAACCCACAGUGCCACCCGCAUCCCGCACUCUCCUUACCUUGGAUCAAAUCUACGCUUCCAGGUGCCAUAAGAAACCUGCAGAAAUAGCACACCCUGGAAAUGAUCUCUUUCAGCUUCUGCCUUCUGGAAGAAGGUACAGCGUUAUAAAGACUAGGACUAGCCGCCUGAGAAACAGUUUCUAUCCAAAUGCAAUUUUGGUUUUAAACACAGUGUAAGGUAGUCUUUAUGUGAGUAUAUUGUAUUCACUUAUGGGGUAUCAGAGUUUUUAGAGGGCUAACCAGGCUGGGAUGGCAGGCUUGUGGGUUUUUGAAUGUCUGAUGUAGAAUUUUUCAGUUUCGUUGUUCUGUAUGGGACAGUGACAAUAAAGAUUAUUGUAUCUGAAAUAAAGCCAUUCCUUCUUUCAGCUCGGUUACGGCUCACCCAAACUGGGAUUUGCAUCUCCUUCUUUCCAUCGCAUCGACCCCAACGAGAUCCUUCAGUUUGGGGGUUUAGUUUCGUUAUUCCUGCAUUUCCGCUGGAAUUGGGUGGGACUCAUCGCUUCGGAGGAUGACAGCGGCGAAAUUUUCAUCCGGACUUUGGUGCUGCUCCUGGCCCGGAACGACAUCUGCGUGGCGUUCACGGAAAAGGCUGUGCCAGAAACCCACGUCAUUUUGCCGCAUUUGAAACAAUGGGCGAAACAAGUUUCAAAGGUUUACAAGAGUGAGGCUCAGACGGUGGUUUUCUUUGCAGACGCCAAUUCCAUCAGAUAUUUAAUGGCGCCCAUCACCCAACUGAUGAAAAACAAGGGGACCUCAGUUGGGAAGGUUUGGAUCCUGACAUCCCGGUGGGAUUUUGCUGCUGUGAGAUCCGCCAGAACGUUUAAGUAUCUGAAACAUUUCCAUGGGUCCAUUUUCUUCAAAAUCCGCACGAGAAAAGUGCCUGGGUUCGACAAAUUUCUCUCUGCUUUAGAUCCAUACCGGUCUCCGGAAGACAUCUUUCUCCGUGGCUGGUGGGAAGUGGUAUUUGACUGUAAAUUUCUGAAACCGGACCAGAACGUUUCGAAGAACCAGCGGAACUGCACAGGCCAGGAAAAACCAGAGGAUCUCCCAACCUUUGUGUUUUCAAAGAAGAUGACUGGGUACAGUUACAGCAUCUACAACGCUGUCUAUUCUAUGGCCCACGCAUUGCAUGACGCCAUGUAUUCAACUGGAUCCAAACUUGCAAUGGUGCCACGCGGCAAGAGACUUCUGACUCUCCAGCCUUGGCAGGUAACGUCUUCGCAGAAUCAGGUACAGGUGUGUUCCCCACUUCCGCACGAUCGACUCGUGUGCAACUGCGUAUCCGCGUGGUGCCAGGAAACCAUCAAAUCGUUGGAUUUGAACCUGGAAAUGGCAAGAGAGUUGGCUCAUGAGAAGACCCUCUCUGGAGUCCCGAGAAGAUGUCAGUGAGGGUCAAGGAAGUUCCAAAGAGCCCAGAGGCGCCAUGGGGCUUUUUCUGAAAGGCUGCUCAGUCUCCCCACCUGGACCAGAUAUCUGACCUUCACUUGAAUUCAAGUCACAGCAAUCUUUUCUCUUUAAGACAAACAGAGGGCAGGUCCAAAGUCAACUCAUCACAAUGGUUGUCUCACAAUAUGUCUCCAGACCCGUUUCACAACCGCAACUUGACAAACCUCUUUCAUUUCAUUUCUGAUUAAAUUUCCAAAAGUUCUACGUAAAAACUCCAACACCUAUUUUAAACAUUAUCAACUUCCCACCACAUUUUCCAUGUUUUUCUUAUCCACCCCCUGCUUUGCCGAACCCUGUCUCCCCUAUUUUUAAAAUACAUAGUCGUAAGGCAAUAAUCUUUCAUCGUUCUGUCGCUCAUAGUUCAAAACCUGCUCACAGAUUCUUCAUGCUGUAGUAUUUCUUCAAAUAACCUGGGAAAAAAUGCUUCAAUUGUUCAAAAAAAUAAAGCAACCAUCAAAACACCAAUAAUCUCAUUUUAGCUGUUAGCUUUGUUGAUUCGACAUAGUCCAUAACUUUGCUGAUCUGUUCUUCUGUGCUGGGAACUUUUUCCAUUUCUGAGCAUAAAGAAUCCUAGCUCCUGUAGUUAUAUACAUAAACAACUUAACCAUCUUCUUUGCAAUUUCUAUCCCUAUAAUCCUUAGAAGAAAAGCUUCAGGAGUGUUUGUUGUUGCUGUUUUUUGUAUAUUCGGUUCAAACAUCUUUUUUAGCUAAUCACAUAUCAUUUCCCCAAAUACCCUCGCUUUUUUACAAGUCCCCCGCAUAUGGGGGAAAAAGAGAACCAUCUCUUUGCACUUCCAGCGGUUAUUAGAAACCUUCUUAUACAUUUUAGAUAAUUUAUCAGGUGUUACAAAUACUAUCACAUUUCUUUAAUUUCAGAUUCUGGCCUCUUUGA